CGAAGAGAGAGAGAAAGAGAGAGCGAACGCUCGGAAAGGGACGGGAGAGGAAUUCACUUAUUUACAUCACGGACACAAAGCCUCGGAAGGAAGACAAACUCCUAUUCAAAAGAGUUCCUGUCCUUUAACCUACAUUAAUCGCUCGUUUAUAUUUUGAAAGGUAAGCGUUUACACGAACGUUUUAUUUCAUUUUUUCCCGGACGAUUAUCUCGAGAUCUUUGACGCUGUUCUCAUGGAAAGACUGACUGACCCCGAAAAAAGGGAACGAUUACCGAUUCAGGAUGUGUAUUACACCCGGUUAAAGCGUUCGCUUGGAUCUCUAACCUUCUAGCGAUGGCCCAAGAGACGAACCAGAGCCCCGUGCCUAUGCUGUGUACCACAGGCUGUGGUUUCUAUGGCAACCCUAGGACUAAUGGCAUGUGCUCGGUGUGCUAUAAGGAGCACCUGAACAGACAGCAGAGCAGUGAUCGUAGUCCCAUGAGCCCUCUGGCUGGCAGCCCUUCAGCGGAGGCCUCGGCUAUACAGAGACUAGAAGCCAGCAUAAACAAAUCAGAACCCUCACCUGCACCCAGCACAGAUAGCAUGAGAGAAAGUAUUUCUUCAACUUCCUUACCAGUAACGCAACAAAUGACAGAAAUGAGUAUUUCUAGAGAGGAGAAGGCUCUGUCUCCGAAAGCUGAGGCUGUUGAACCAGUUGUAACACAGCCCACCUCGUCCUACUCCCUGGUCCCUGUUGCCCAGGGCACUGAUGAGGGCAAGAGCCCAGAUUCCUCCAAACCCAAGAAAAAUAGAUGCUUUACCUGCCGUAAGAGAGUCGGCCUAACAGGUUUUGACUGUCGAUGUGGUAAUCUGUUCUGUGGAAUUCACCGGUACUCAGACAAGCACAAUUGCACAUAUGAUUACAAGUCAGAAGCUGCUGCUAAGAUCCGCAAGGAGAACCCUGUAGUGGUGGCCGAUAAGAUCCAGAGAAUAUAAGCUAUUCCCUCUAUCUCUGAGAGGGACUGAUCAGAACACUGGUAGAUAAAAUGGACGACUUGAAAAACGGACUUGUGUUUUUCUAUCACCGUGAGAAGAAAAGUGAGCUAUACCAUCAGAGGCUCAUGCAUGAACGAUCUUACAAAUUUGUUUUUGUAAUAGGUAUUAAUUUCUUUCCGUUUUGCUUUUUUUUUUUUUUUUCUCUCUCUGUGGUGUUUUUAUGCUAGUUAUUCUUCUAAAUUAUUUCGUUUCCAAAGCUUAGGAAAUUUUUUCAUGAAAUUGUAUCUUUUUGUUUUGCCUGUUCCCACCCUCGCUCAAUGGGAGUGGUGGCCACUCUGUGCCAAAAUAUGGCAGUUUCUGAGGCAGCCUUGUGUAAGUAGUGUUCAGCCUUUGACUUAUUAUCAUUUAUAACUUUGGAUUUCCAAGCGAUGCAUCAAAGCUUGACCUGACUAUCUACCUGAUGUGUGCUGCAUGUGUCGGUCUGUCAAACUGCAGUUUGUAUUUUUGAAAAAAGUUUGUCAUCAUGGUCUGUUCUAAAAAAAAAAUCAGUGGGAUUACACAAGGGAGAAAUUAUAAUGUGGGGUCACCCGAUUAUCAAUGCCAUUUAGCAUUAUUUCAGAAUGUGAACUUACUACUGUGACGUCACACCCUUUCCUUGUUGUUGAAUGGAAGGUUGAGAUUCAUCAAAUGUCAUUUGUUUUUAUUCCUCUGUUUAGGCUAUUCUGUUCCCACAUUCUAUAACCAUUAAGCCCUAGGUAUACUUCCAAUUUGACGUGAACGCUCAGCAUCUGCGUACAUCGAACACAAGCCUGUCAAAGUAUACUCCAUAUUACUGUGCAUGCAUACACAGGCAUUUGGCCCAUGCGCGCUACAACUGCUGUGAGGCAUUGGACUUUCUCUUCAGGAGUUUAGACCCAUAAAGAUGUCUCUCUAUCUCCUGACCUCCUCACACAUGCACUCUUGACUUCCACAUCCACUGUUGUUGUUUUUACCUUCAUCUCCUGAUGUUUAGUGGGGAUUACAUCUUCUAGCGCUUGUUUGUGACAGCAUUGGCUCAAAUGUUAGUCUUGCCACCUUGUGGACCCAUUUAUCGGUGGAAAUAAAUCCAGGCGCAUGCGCAUUCUGCACGGUGAAAAAUCGGGCUGCGUGCUUUCAGUGCUCGAGAACUCUGCUGAUGACGAGAUUUGCGUCACGUGUCGGGUCUGCGUCUGACCGAAGUAUACUUUGGGCUAUAACCUCCACUCUGUCACGACCAUGUUUUAGAGCUUUGAUCAUGUCUACGGUUGCAGGGCCUUGUGCUCAUUGUUAACAGUACUAAGAGAUCUGGGAGUUUGUGAUUUUUAUUUUUGUUCAUUUUGUGUAUUUAGUCAGACUGUGAGAUGAUACAGUCUGAGUGUAUUUGUGUGCAAUGGGGAAUUUAGCAUACAGCCCUUCGUGCUGUCAAAGUCAUGCAGGCCCUCCUUAGACAGUGCAUUUGCAACACCGCAAUAGUAUAAGCAUUAUGUCAGACCUGAGUCUGUGAAAUGUUAUUUUUGUUCUUUUGAAAUGCACCCACAAUGCACCGGUCUCCUUUUGUGUGUCUGCAUAUGUUAAUUGAGCGAUUCUGAGUGCAUGUAUUGUAAAUAAUGUCUUUUUCUCUGUAGGGAGUAAGGUUUUCCUUAAAAGACAUGUAUCUGUUGAGAGUAUGUACCUGUUUGAGGUUUAAUUUCAGCCAUUAGUUAUAUGCAAAUUUGUAUGGAAAAAAAAUACGUUUGUUUAUAUUUAUGUAUUGCAUUUAAUCAUUUUACCUGGCAUUAAAGAAAAGUUGUAUUGUAAAUAAAAAUAUACAGAGAGAAAAUA